CGGGUGCAGUAACAGCAGCAGCAGCCUCCUCCGCCGCCACCACCGCCGCCACCACCGCCGCCCCCGCCCGCUACCUCAGCAGCGGAACAACGUCGGCGAGCGGGAUGAUGAUGUGCCUGCAGAUAUGGUUGCAGAAGAAUCAGGUCCUGGUGCACAAAAUAGUCCAUACCAACUUCGUAGAAAAACUCUUUUGCCAAAAAGAACAGCAUGUGCCACAAAGAACAGUAUGGAGGGUGCCUCAACUUCAACUACAGAAAACUGGUCAUCGUGCAAAACGUGCAAGAGUGUCUGGAAAAUCACAAGAUCUAUCAGCAGCACCUGCUGAACAGUAUCUUCAGGAAAAACUGCCAGAUGAAGUGGUUCUAAAAAUCUUCUCUUACUUGCUGGAACAGGAUCUUUGUAGAGCAGCUUGUGUAUGUAAACGCUUCAGUGAACUUGCCAACGAUCCAAUUUUGUGGAAACGAUUAUACAUGGAAGCAUUUGAAUAUACUCGCCCUAUGAUGCAUCCUGAACCUGGUAAAUUCUACCAGAUUAAUCCAGAAGAGUAUGAACACCCAAAUCCCUGGAAAGAGAGUUUCCAGCAGUUGUAUAAAGGUGCACAUGUAAAGCCAGGAUUUGCUGAACAUUUCUACAGUAACCCUGCAAGAUACAAAGGAAGAGAAAAUAUGUUGUAUUAUGAUACCAUUGAAGAUGCCCUUGGGAUACAAGAGGCUCAUUUUGAUGGACUCAUCCUUGUUCAUUCUGGAAUAUAUACCGUUGAAUGGAUAUAUAUUGAAUCUCCAAUCACCAUGAUUGGUGCAGCACCUGGGAAAGUGGCAGACAAAGUUAUAAUUGAAAACACUAGAGAUUCAACCUUCGUUUUUAUGGAAGGCUCCGAAGAUGCUUAUGUUGGAUAUAUGACAAUAAGGUUUAACCCUGAUGACAAAUCUGCACACCACCACAAUGCACACCACUGGUUAGAGAGUAUAGUAAAUUGUAGCCCUAUUACUGAUCACUGUAUCAUUCGAAGUACAUGUACAGUUAGUUCUGCAGUAUGUGUUAGUGGUCAAGGAGCAUGUCCCACUAUCAAGCACUGUAACAUCAGCGACUGUGAAAAUGUUGAACUGUAUAUAACAGAUCAUGCACAGGGAAUAUAUGAGGAUAAUGAAAUUUCCAAUAAUGCGUUAGCUGGGAUUUGGGUUAAAAAUCAUGGAAACCCAAUUAUUAGACAGAAUCAUAUUCACCAUGGACGCGAUGUUGGUGUGUUCACGUUUGAUCAUGCUGAAAGUUGCAAUAUACACAGAAAUAGGAUAGCAGGCUUUGAAGUAAAAGCCUAUGCUAAUCCCACAGUGGUUUGAUGUGAAAUUCACCAUGGGCAGACUGGAGGAAUAUAUGUCCAUGAAAAAGGAAGAGGACAAUUCAUAGAGAAUAAAAUCUAUGCAAACAACUUUGCAGGUGUAUGGAUUACCUCAAAUAGUGACCCAACAAUAAGGGGAAAUUCUAUAUUGAAUGGAAAUCAAGGAGGAGUUUACAUCUUUGGUGAUGGGCGAGGCCUUAUUGAAGGAAAUGACAUUUAUGGCAAUGCAUUAGCAGGAAUUCAAAUUAAGACAAACAGUUGUCCAAUUGUUCGGCAUAACAAAAUUCAUGAUGGCCAGCAUGGUGGGAUUUAUGUGCAUGAAAAGGGACAAGGAGUAAUAAAAGAGAAUGAAGUUUAUCGUAAUACUCUGGCUGGAGUCUGGGUGACAACUGGCAGCACUCCAGUACUGAGAAGAAACUGGAUACACAGUAGCAAGCAGGUUGGUGUUUAUUUCCAUGACAAUGGACAUGCAGUGCUAGAAGACAAUGAUAUCUGUAAUCAUAUGUAUUCAGGGGUUCAGAUAAAGACUGGAAGCAACCCCAAAAUUAGACGCAGCAAAAUAUGGGGAGGACAGAAUGGUGGAAUUCUAGUUUAUAAUUCUGGUCUAGGCUGUAUAGAAGACAAUGAAAUAUUUGACAAUGCAAUGGCUGGAGUCUGGAUUAAGACAGACAGUAAUCCCACACUAAAAAGAAAUAAAAUCCAUGAUGGAAGAGAUGGUGGCAUCUGUAUAUUUAAUGGGGGUCGAGGUAUUGUUAAUUUUGCAUUAGUGAAAACCCCAGUUUUCCAUUAUUCUUCCAUAUCUUUAAUGAUCAAUGACAUUGCUAACUAA